UCGGCAUAAACAGCGGCGUCGUUCCGCCUACUUACGGACAAUUUAACAAACUAUUUGCGUUGCCGCUUUACAACAAACGUUGUAAGUCGGUCUCUCAUUAAUAACCCGUGAAAUUUUUUGCGGCACUAGCUUGCUUCUAAAAAAAAUAGUUCGCGAAAUAUGCGGGUCAUUUUCGAUUCACGUUGCGAGAUGUCAGUAAAGAGAAAUUAGAAUAUGGGUGAUUUCGAUAUGGUUUUUAAGCUCACGUGGAUUAUUUUUUAUGUGAUUCUUUUUGAUACUGUUCUUGGUGCCUUAGAUAAGGCUCUCGAGAAAACAGGAAGUGAAUACGGUUGGGUACCUGUCUCAAAUCCACCAGAAAACUUACAGGUUCUCCAGGAUGUAAACAUUCUAGUAACGUAUGCCGAUAACAUGUUUGGACCUUCCGUGAAAAUGAAAAAAGGAAAACUAUUGAACUCGACGGGAACCCUCUACCUAAAAGGACAGGCCUUGAAAGCACCAAACCUGAGCCAAAUAAAAUUCGACCUGCUGUCAGUUAAUCAUUCCGGGUACGCCGAAAAGGGGGGCCGGUCCCCGGGCCUCCCCAAAGAACAACGGACAAAACGGGGUGUUUUUCAUUUGUAUAAUAUGGUUAGUUGCGCUACUGGCUGCAACCCAUUAGCCUACAAAGGCUACGGGUGUUACUGCGGCUUUUUAGGAUCCGGAUACGCCGUCGAUGGGAUAGACAGGUGUUGUAAAACGCACGACUGGUGCUACGAUAAAGCAAAAUGUCCCAUGUUUCUUGAAUACAUCGUGCCUUAUUUUUGGAAAUGUUACUACAACCGUCCAAUAUGUGCUGUAGACCACGGAGAAUUCGGAGGACCGGGUUCCUGUGCAAGCAGGCUGUGCGAAUGCGAUAGAGUCCUAUCGGAAUGCUUGAGACGAUACCCGUGCCCCUCGUCGAGAACUUUCUGCAAAUCCUCACCACUCAGGCUGCUUCAAAACGCGCUUAUGUUUUAUCCUUAAGGGUAAAAACGUCCUUUAAACAUGUGAUUG